UCGAAGUAAAAUUCAUUGAAAUUGCACAAUUAUACACGAUUAAGCCCCUUAAACUCAUGAUCAAAUCGUCAAGAAAUUCUUGUUAACGCCAAUUUCGAGAUCACAAACAGCCCAAUAGAUUUUUUAUACAAAAAUGAAAAAAGAUGUAUACUAUCGCCCGCGUGUGUCUUCAUCCAAUUUUCCAAGAUUCUUUUGUCGGAUUAGACAAAAAUCGAAUCGUUGUACGACAUUGUGAUCGAUAAGAGAUCUUAAUGUCUAUAGGCGGAUCCCGAUAUUGAUGACAUAUAAAUCAAGCCAUUUUCUAUAAAUAUGCCCACAUUCUUUUCGAGUCGCAGUUUCCUUCACGUUAUUUUCUUAAUUCUAAUUGCAAACAGUGCAUUCUGUAUCAUCAACAUAUAAACUCAAUAAAAAUUUGUAUUAAUUAGUAAGUAAAAAAUCAUUUUAAUAUCUAAUCCGAAUAUAAAUAUCCAAAUAGUAUUAGAUUUCUCGAGUAGAUACGAAUACAUAUAAUAUAAUAAACUAAUCGCUCGAUACGCAUAAAUUUGCAAUUUUUUUCUCAAGCAUUUACAUCAAAUGUUGACUUUUCGCGACUCGGAAAUUCGCGUAAUCUUGAUGUCCUCGCAAAUUCAUUAUCUCUAAGAAUGUAAUAUCUCGAAAGAAAGAGACUGUUUUCUAUCUCGACCGUGUAUUUUAUUUUGUGCAGAAAAAUGAACUACAUGGCAUUUGGGCUUAUCCUGAUCUGUUGCCUUGCCGGAGCAAUUGAAACGAACAGUUAUCAUAUAUAUACAAAACGUACCAUAUUCGAAGAGCUUCUAGAAAAAUUUAAGAUCGUAUUAAAGACUGGAAAUGAGUCAAUCGGAAUUCCGGUCCUUGAUCCAUACACCGCGAAGCAGAUACCGAUCAAAUUAAAUGAAGAAAUAAUAAACUUGGACGCACUUUUGACAAAUGUCAAUAUGCAUGGUUUAUCCGAGUACAAAGUAAUUAAUGGUGAUUUCCAAAUAAUUGGUAUAAAGCUUGACAUAAGUCUUUCUUGGCCGUUGAUAACCGCGAAUACCGAUUACGCCAUGAAAGGCUAUGUCGAUUCUUACGAAAUUUACGGAAACGGCGAGAUAAAUCUAUCCGCGAAAGAUUUCAAUUUGGAGACGGAAAUUAGUUUCACAGUGAACGAGGAACAUUUUAAAGUAAAAAAUAUGAAAUUGAAGCUUUCUCUGAAAGAGCUAGAUUUUCACGCGACAGGUCUGUUUAAUGAUGACAAGGUGUCCAAUGUACUGAGUGCCAUGAUAUCCGAUAUGGCACCUGAGUUGCUCGAAGAUGUCACAUUUAUGGACAGAUUUGGCUUUCUCGCGACAGAAAAAAUUGACGCUUUUCUCUCCACUAAGACGAUUGGAGAAUUAUUGGAAUUAUUAGGAGUGUUGGAUUGAUAGCGUCAAUCUUUUCGUUGUGUCGAU